AUGGAGAAAAAAUUGAGUGUGACGAUGAUGGUGUUCGUUUUGGUGGUGAUGGCGGCCACUGGAGGAGAAGCAAUAAAUCAUAUAUGUACAUUUAAAUGUGUAAUUCUCUGCAAAGAUAUUGAGUUCAAAACCCCGUGCUUCCAACUAUGUAUGUCAGGCUGCGAACAAAAACUCCACUCAACUAAACCAUACUCGCAGAUAAAGACAGGAGAGAUGGAAGAAAUGAGAGGAUAA